AUGUCGGUUGCUGCCACUCGACCACAAGAACCAUUUUCGCCUGGGUCUGGAGAAGAAGCAGAGAACUGGGACGACGACUUUCUGUUUCAGGCCGAGGAUUCACCCGCGAAACCACCCCCUUCCUCUCGACGCAAACCCGGUAAUACUAUACCCCCCGACCGACGAUGGAGUGGACAGAGUCAGGCAGAAACCCUUGCAUGGGAUGAGGAGCUCGAGCGUGAAGAGGCAGAGCGCCAGAGCUCGGUGGGAUCCAGCAGUCUCGGACAAACAACUGGCGCCAACGCUGCCGUCGAUCUCUCCCGAUGGGCCGAGGGCGAUGAGGAAGAUGAUGCAGAGUUUGGAUUUGACUCUAGGAGAGUCUCCGAUCCAUAUGUUCACGAGGACACUGUUUCUCCCUUGCCGCAAACGAACGCGAACACACUCCCCUCUCGCUCUUCGGGCUCAGCCUCCCAGUCUGCGUCGGCACAAUCAUCUCCCCUCAUGCCCACUCGCCAAGUACCUGGCUCUCCCGCUCUGUCCUUGUUCUCUACGAGUACAUCGACUGCCCAGCCAUACACCCCUUCGUUAGCUGGGAGCACUGCCCAUCUACGCCAUACCCGCUCCCGAGAAGCGUCCUCCCCCGUCGGUCCAUUUGUCCCCGCCCAACCCAGGGUCCCACGACGCCGAUUACGCAAAAAGAGCAGACCCGCUCGGCCGGGCGAUAUAGACGAGGACGAGGCUCCCACUUCCUACGUCAUGCGCGAACCGAGUCCACAGGGUUUGGGUUUGGCCAUGGAGGAGGAGGAUGAAGAGGCCAGCUGGAGCGAGAACAGCAGUCCGCAAGAACGAACCCCGAGUCCCGUUCAGUCGCCUGUUGCCAGUCCGAGCAGUCCACCUACAAAAUCGCCGCUACUCAGUCGUAUCGGUUCACUCAAAAACCGACUCAACCGCCGUCCGAAACCUGCCAACACUCCAUCCACAUCCGCUGUUCCUCCCACCACACCCGGCCGAACCCGCGCAGUCCCCACACGCACAUCCACCACUCCCCAAACACCCCGCCCGCGAGCACCUAGUUGGUUUCGGCCCUCUCAGACUAGCUCUCCUGAAGACCAAGCGCCAACUCUGACCCACCGUCGAUCAAAAGAACCCUUUUGGAAAAACGUGGGCUCAUUUUCGAGUGGGCGUUCACCCGUCGAUCCGAGCGAGGCAGACGACCACGAGAGCACCGUCAAGAAGCCGCCUCGCAAGUCUAGGACCAACCCGCCAUUGGAUGUCUUUCCUCGCGAUGAGCCGGGCGAGCCUCCUUUGUUGCCUGCUGGGCCGGGUUCUCCUACUCCGCCGCCUGCGAAGCUUCCCAAGGGCCGAAGACCAAUGAGUAUGGCCGGUCCGAAUCGGCCCUCGCCUCCUGCUUCCACUCGUGGAGUUGCAUCCCUAGGACGGGGAACUGGGUUGGGCUGGGUGAAUACCCUGAACGACGGUGAAGAAAAGGAAAAAGAAAAUAGCAUCAUUCGGAGUUUGCGCAAGCUUUCAGGUCCUCAUGGGCGUAAACGGAGUGGAGACGGCACUCCUCGAGUACCCAGUUCGAGCGCCGGAACUACGAGCUCCCGAGUCCCGAGUUCGUCCAACGUGUCCAGCCGGAGACCGAGUUUGACCACGACCGGAGUGGCGAGGACUGCGAGCAUGACGAGUCCGACUUCGGGUGGACCCAAGGCCCAGCCCAUGUUGAAGAGCGCGAGCGCCAUUGUACUGUCCACGCCCCGACACCAGCCGUCGAGAGAGUUCAACCCGGGCGGGAGCGUGUUUACCCUUCCGCUGGCUAUGGACGAGCACGAAUACGAGGACAUGACCGAACAAGGUGCGGCGACCAUUCGACCCAGUUUGGCCCUUGACCGGCCCAGUCUGACGAUCGAACCGCCCAACGUCGAGUCCCCUCGCGAACUAUCGUUUGAUCGACCGGUCGUAUCCCUGGAUCUUCGACCCCCUACACCCAACUCGCGACCCAACUCCCCCCUGGUUGUCGCCCGACCCCUCACUCCGCAACUCACGGGCUCCCGACCCGUUACCCCGCAAAGCGUCAAACCGCCGUUCCAAUCGCCUGCGUUCCAGUCGACACCGCACGGCGCACGAGUCAUGACGCCAUACUAUUCUGCCCGACCGAGUUCCCCCCUCGCGACCCGUAACCCGACGACACCGCUGAACCGAGCGCAAGAGCUCACGCCCGAGGAAGAGGACGAGUUCGCCGACGGUCUCGAGCCGGUUCCCGAGGGCGACGUGUCGAGAUAUAAUGCGCUCGACGAGUCGGCCGAGCGAGACUGGCUCGACGCUGUUGCUGCGCUCCCACCCCCGAGCCCGACUUUUCGUCCCCGCCCAAGCGCACGGUCCCCAUCUCUCCAUACGAAGACGAGACGACCGGCCGGGUCUCGAUGUCCUCCAACUCGAACUCCAACGGCCGACCGUCGUUCUCGUCCUUGGGCCGCAAGUCGAGUUCGGCCGAGUCUGGUCGAUUUCCGAGCCGAACCGUCUGGUCGGGGACCUCUUGCCCCCAUUGAACUUCAACCUCCGAGUCCUCCCCAAACACUUUCGAGCGGGUCCAUGUCGAUGUCGAUGUCUCUCGUCGGCAGUGGCUCGGCAAAGCAUUCGCGGAUCGGGAGCAGCACCUCUCCGAUGGGCCAUUCGUCGAGUUUGAGUCGCGCCGCGACCCAGCCUGGGGGCCUCAUCGACGGGAGCGUCCUUCGUCGGAACAGUCUUUCGGAUUUGAAGAUUCCUGCGAGGAUUAGCAAGGCUCAGAGCGGUUUGAAGAGUAAUCUUGGUAUGGUUCGGGAAUUUGCGGCUUGCAUCGAGCAGAUUCGAGGUUUGCAGUCCAUGUACAGGAAUCUCCUCGCCGAUUUGAGGUAUGCAAUCGAGAAUGGUGAACCUCUCUCGCCUGUGCUCUUUCCCCCCGCCUCGCGAUCAUCCGCAACGAGUGCGACGCUUGUCCGUGUGCCUUCGCGCGAUAUCGGGCGUGUGACGGAUAAACUGAAUUCAAUCGACGACCGUUACUCGCUCUGGUGGGAGUGCGCCGAUAUUCUCGUCGAACUCGGCGGAGGUUCUUCGGGCAACAACCGCGAUGCAUCGGACAAGCCGUCCAACGCGAGCCAGGAACCGUUACAAAGCAGCGGGAGCACCAAGUCGCGCGAGCGCGCCAUCACACUCGCUGGGAACCAAGCGGCCCCCGCCGUCGAGCCCCAGGCGAAAAAGGACCAGUGGUACAAGGACCGGGGCGAGCUUUCUCCGCGCCAGCUGCAGAUUCUUCGUGAGAUGCUGGCCACGCCCAAUCCCUCUUUGCUGGCUGUUCCUGCGUCCAGCGGAUACCUCAAUGCCUUGCACCCGGGCGGAACGGCCUCGGCCAUCACGCUCCCCUCGAGCUCGGGUUCGUCCAACGUCCAUGGUCCCAAGACCGAUCCGAAGCCCAAGCCAGGCGGGAAAAUCAGGCGAGCGAGUCGGGUGGGGAUCACUGGCAUCAGGGACCUCUUGAAAUACCUCAACCUGAAGAAACCCGGCUCGUCCGAUGGGUCGAAUAAACUCGGCAGCGACUCCAAGUCGCAAAUCAACCUCGGGCUUGGGUCUCAUUCGCGUGUCAACUUGCCCCAGGCCGCUCAGUCGCAGAUGAAUCUGGCCUCGAGCUCGCAGACGCAUUUGCCCCGCCCUUCGUUUGGGUCGAGGUCGCAUGGACCUGGGCCGAGCAAGCCUUCCCCCCGACGACCGAGUCUGGCGAGUAUAUUCCGGUUAAACGGGCCAGGGAGGUCCAAGUCCAAGGGUCGUGUGGUUUCUUCGUCCAGCGCGAGCAAGGAUCCAACACCGAGCACGAGCGCUGCCGAGGACGAUCUUGACGAGAGCGACUGGGACCGAAUGGACAGUGCGUCCGACCUGGACCUGCGAGGCAAGAUCCCCGACGAGCUUUUUGCGGCCAAGGACGAAAAAGACGCGACGUUGCGCGGUCGCAAGUCCGGUUCCGGAGGCCGAGUGUCCAACGCUGGGAGACCGCCUGUUCCGGCGCUCCCUACCGAGUUUGCAAAGAGCAUGCUGUCUCUCAUCCCCGUCUCUUCUGAAGAGGCGCAACAUACGAUUCCCCAGGUCCGCAAGGCCAGUGGGGGGAAGCGCCCGCCGAUCGCCCUCGCGAGUGGUUCAGAAACGAAACAGGUCGAACCUGGCUUGCGAAGUGCCCCAAUUAACCCCGAGGGUAUCGUCAUGGGCGGUCCGAUGGGCGCAGGAGUCGAAGGCCGAUUGGCGUUGACUCCAGAGAAUAUCAAACCAUUGUUAGAGUACGCGCGCGAGGUCAUUGCCCGAUUGGGUGCGUGCGUCCAGGAGUUGCGAGAGCUCGGUGCGGUUGACCCGGACAAGCUCACCGCCUAA